AUGGAGGACCCAGUCAGCGAGAUCCGCGGCGUCGUCAAAGGCCUUGUCGCCGCCAGAAAUGCAUCCGAACAGAAGUACUGCAUGCAGAGGUACUUUGCGCCCGACGCUUCGUUCGACCAUGUCCUCUGCACCGUCAGCUCCGGUCCCAACUCGAGGGAUAACGGCGUUCUCCCCAUCUACCAGUGGCUGCGUACGAUUUCGCGAUCGGAUAUCGAGGUCUACCAUGUCGGCUUCGACCAGCAGACGAGCAAGCUCUUCAUCGAGGCAGUCCAAACGCUGCGCCCGAACUUCCCCAUCAUCCGCGACGUUGUUGCCAAGGACGCACGCAUCUUUGUCGCCCUCCAGCUGCAGCGUGGUGCCGACGGCAAGUUUUACGUCAAGAGUCAGGAGGACCUCUAUGCACCCCAAGUACUGCCAUUCGGCAUCAUCCCAGGGGGCGAGACGGCCACCAUGCUCGUCAAAAAGAUCGCCGCACUCAACUGCAUCCUCUUCGUCGCCGUGAUUCAAAUGCUCUUCGGCUACUGGAAGCCCGGUCGCGAUCCGCUAGGCUCGCAUCUCAAGCGCAAGUAG